AUGCCAAGCAACACAUCUCCUUGGCUCAUUGUAGUCGCCCUCACUAUGAUCGCUGUCUACCAGGCAAUCGAUUUGUUGUACAAGACACAUGUUGCACGCCAACUUGAUCCUAUCUUUCUGCCCAGCACUGUCAAGUAUAACUACAGUGGCCAUGACUUCCCCAACCGAGUACCACUGCGCCUUCGUGAAGCAGCGCUGACGACAGAGUGGGCCCCCACCGGCGUCUACGGACUUUACGCCGACGACGACUGGCGCUCUCUCUGGCCUCCCGGGGAUCGUAUUCUAGUUCAUUUGGGCCCUCACCAUGAGCGCUUCGCCAUCGCGAUGUACCAGCAGCUUCACACUCUGGACGUGAUGCGAAUUGCAUACACGGCGGCACGAGCAGAAGCGCUGGGUCAUCCUGGGAAUGCAACGGCGUACGACGACCUUGUGGAUCACUGCCUUCGCUACUUGCAGAAAGUGGUCUUGUGCAACGCAGAUCCUACGUUGCUUCCGGCGAUACCGAUCGCGGAUACAGGAGGAUAUGCUGCGGAGAGUGAUGGCGUCACGCAUCGCUGCCACGACUGGACGCAGUUGAGGGAUUGGGUCAAGGACAACAUGCAAGCGAAUGCUGCUGCUGCAGAAGCUGAGACUGGUAGAUAA